AUCGGCGGCCUCGGUGACGGUCGUGGACACGUCGAGCCGGGCAGAAGUGGAGGGGGCUUCAGAAGUGUCUUGAAGAGGUGACGGGUUAAGCUUCUGAAAGGGAGACACCGGUUGCGGGUCUCGGUCUGGGAAGUGCCCAUUUUUAUUCUGGAAGAAGCUGAGCUUGGAUCUCUCAGAUUAGAGCUAUCGAAGGAAACAGACUAACACUAACCAACUGCCAGUUUACCUCUUACACUUCUGCCAACUCAGAACUUUUCCUGGAAAAAUGGACCAUUCCCACCAUAUGGGGAUGAACCAUAUGGACCACAACAGUACCAUGGCACCUCACCAUCACCCGACCACUUCAGCCUCCCACUCCCAUGGCGGGGGAGCUGGCCACAUGAUGAUGAUGCACAUGACCUUCUACUUUGGCUUUAAGAAUGUGGAACUAUUGUUUUCUGGCUUGGUGAUCAACACAGCUGGAGAAAUGGCUGGAGCUUUUGUGGGAGUGUUUUUACUAGCAAUGUUCUAUGAAGGACUCAAGAUAGCCCGAGAGAGCCUGCUGCGCAAGUCACAAGUCAGCAUUCGCUACAAUUCCAUGCCUGUCCCAGGACCAAAUGGAACCAUUCUUAUGGAGACACACAAAACCGUUGGGCAGCAGAUGCUGAGCUUUCCUCACCUCCUGCAGACAGUGCUGCAUAUCAUCCAGGUGGUCAUCAGCUACUUCCUCAUGCUCAUCUUCAUGACCUACAAUGGGUACCUCUGCAUUGCUGUAGCAGCAGGGGCUGGCAUGGGAUACUUUCUCUUCAGCUGGAAAAAGGCAGUCGUUGUGGACAUCACAGAGCAUUGCCAUUAAUGUCAAACUCCACGGUGUUGCCUUAUUGAUUGUGGUGGGAAGCAGUUCAAAACUGGAAGACAUGAUUUCUCGUCAUAUCUUCCCUUCUUGUUCCUUAUCUCCUUACACACACACAGACACGUGCUCAGCAGAGGUUUAGCUUACAGUUUUGGAGCUAAAGUGGAAACCUCCUGACUCUUCUUUUUCCUGAGCUGAGAUUCCCAUAUCUCUUAAAGUGAAGCCACCCAUGAGAUGUUCCCUCUUCCACCAUUAUCUUACAUCCAAGUCAUACAUUCUGGUCUAAUCCAGGUGGCUUUCUAGUCAGUGACUUGAUCACUUGCUUCCUUUUUUAGUCUUCUGGUUUUUUUUUAACAGACAAUCUGUGAAUUUGAUGGGUUUUUCCUGGGUCAGGGAUGGAAAAGGAUUAACUUCAGCCAAGAUAUAUGACAGCUGUGGGAAAUUCUUGCCCAACUAAACACAGAACCCAAACUUAACAUUAAAAAAUAAGUUCCAGUCUUUGGACUCAAUGAGUGGGAAAUACAUUGUGCCUUUCCCUAGGUGUGGUGUGUUAUACUGAAAUCUUUACAGUGGGCAGAGGGGUGGUCUGAGACUAAAUACAGGCCUGGAGCUUGCAGAAGUGCGCAUUCUUGGGUGGCUGACUCAUCAAUUGUGUUCCCACUUAACAUUUUGAUUAGAAUGAAUUUGUCAAUCAAAAAUGAUGACAAUCAAUUUGAGAAAAUAGAAAUCGAUAUUUUAAAAUAAAACCGUUAACAUUUUACUUUGACUUGGUACCUUGGUUUGUCACAGCUGAAUGACGCAAAAGAGCUUGAAUCAUUACCUCCCAUUAUUGUUUUCACAUGUCUGCCACUAAACCAGUGGUUUUCAAACUUCAGCAUGCAUCAGAAUCACCUUGAGGGCUUGUUAAAAACACUAGUUGCUGGGCCUCAACCCAGAGCCAAAAAUUGGCAUUUCUAACAAGUUCCCAGGUGACUGUCAGGGUACUACACUUAGAGAAUCUCUGCUUUAAACUAAGGGAGUAUCUCCUGGUGGAGUGAGCAUGGGAAUUUGAAUUGCUGAUUGGUAGGUGGUAUGUCUGGGUUUAACUCGUGUACUAAAUACUGCUGAUCAAUACUUAAUCAUUCCACAGAAAUUUAUUCAGCUCCAACUGUGUGUGUGUGCCAAAGCACACAUGCACAAAGGGCUGUAACCAAAGUAACUUAUCAGCAUGUGUGAAAUCACUGGUCCUUAUUUUUAAAGAUCUGUAAUUCUUGGAAUUAGCUUGAAUGUUGAAAAGACCUUUGAUCCGGAGUAUAAAUCAACCAGCCAUAGGCCAGAAGGGCAAAAGUCUAGCCCUGUCUUUGGAGAGGCUUAGGGUGUCAUCUGCUGAUAGCCAGAUUUUCCUCAGCCCCUGAUAUCUAUGCUCACACCAGGCAGAUCGUCAUCCUUUACAUCAAGGGUCCCCAAUCUUCUGGCCGUGGACCAGUACCAGUCCAUGGCCUGUUAGGAACCAGGCCACACAGCAGGAGAUGAGUAGCAGGUGAGCGAGCAAAGCUUCAUCUGUAUUUACAGUCGCUCCCCAGUGCUGGCGUUACCACCUCAGCUCCACCUCAGAUCAUCAGACAUUAGAUUCUCAUAGGAGCACCGGUCCCUGGUGCCAAGGAGGGUCAAGACUGCUGCUCUUCUUACUUUUGGGGGCUUAAUGAGCUCAUAAGUGGCCAAAACCUUUUCUCAAUAAAGAAUCACAUUGUGUUUUUAUCUGUCCAGUUGUUAGUCUACACUGCAGUUUUGUUCCCAGUCCAAACUACCUCUGUAAAGUGACUCUUCUGUGCUGGUCUGUUAAAUCCUGCCCUCCUUGGUGCUAGACUCCAAUUGUGCCUCAGGGCAGAAGAGACAAAAUACAGCUAUCCUGUUGGCCUCUGUUGUGGUUUUGAAAUUUGUACUUUCUCUGUGGGUGCAGUUAAAUAUUGCAGAACGAGGAAUGUGUACUUUCAUGGCUUUGAACCAAGAGAGGGUUAUGAGCCUACCGGAUUGAGGUUAAAAUCUAAGAACCAACAUUUAGAGUUUUGUGCUUUGCUCUCAUUCCACUCCUUAUAGUGCCGAUACUUAGUAUGAGGAGAGUAAAUAACAGGUGCUGACAGAGUCCAACAUUAAGGUAUAAAUAGCUUGUUAUUGUCUCAGAAGCCAAGGAAUAAGAAAACCAUGAGAAAUAAAAUAAUGUUUAGUAGUAACCCUGGUGCUCUCUAGAAAUCUUGACAUGAGCUGCUAUAUAAAAUAAUUUUUUAAGGAACAAUACCUUAUCACCAAUGUAAAAAAAUCAAGGCCAGUUAAGACAAAGUGCUAUGAAUUUGAAACUCCCAAAGAGAAAUAUUGGUUUUGGAUAGGUUUUCAGGAUAGUCUCCUGAAAAACCUGAAUUUUAGCAAUUCUUAGACUAGGUUGCCAAAGGAAGAAGCUAGUGAAAGAGGAAAAUUAAAGUUUAAUUUUUUUCUCUUGUGCUCUUAGAUUUGUGAUGAUAUAAUGAUCUCGUUGACUUUCAUUUCUGUACCCCUGUUCAGGCGGAAUUUAGUGCCUGACUUCUUCGUUCAUUCUGGAUCCAAAUCUCUUCUCCUUCCCUGUUCAAAGUAUUAGAAGCCUGUAUCCCCAUUUCUUUGGCCCCUUAUCCCGUUCUUUUUUCUCUUUCUGUCUUUCAUAUCUAAAAGAUGACGUCUUUUAUCCCAUAUGUCCAGUUUAUUAAAUCUCCCUAGCCCUCACGAUGCAGUGGACAUUACUAUGCAGUGGAUAUAGAUACCAACCAGAAGUUGUAACACUUGGUAGAGACCUUAAGCACAUUUCAAGGAGCAGUUGUCCUACCGGACUUCCUAUAAAGUUAGGUAGAGGUUACCUAGUACCAUCUGCAGUUAUAAAGUCUUAGGUGCUCUCUCCAGUCUAUGCUGGAGGAACACUCAGCGCCCCCAUUACCCACAAACAGGGAAUCUUCUCUGUCCACGAGGAAAUUAGAAGUUCACAUUUCUUCACUACUUCCAUGGUAGGGUAGUCUGGAAUUCCCUUCCAGGCUGUGGGGCACUGGUCUUGAGUUCUGGCUACAAAAAGUUCCCUAUAAGGAGCUGGAAGAAGGCAGGGGGUACAUCUUCAUGUCAUUUAAUUUUGAUCCUCUCCUCUCCAACUGCUUCUUAAAAAAAAUACAUCUAAAGAUACAAGGUCUACAUUUGACAUAAUGCCUUAAUCACUGGGUCUAUAAUUAAUAUUGACUGUUUUAGAUUGUAAGCUCCUGGAGAGCAGUAUUGCUGUAGUAGGAAUGUUUUAACAGUAUCAUGUACAAAAGAACAAAAUAAAUAUUUUGAUUUUGUGAUUCUA